AUGGAGGGCAAAGAAGAGGAUGUUAGAUUGGGAGCCAACAAGUUCUCAGAGAGGCAGCCGAUUGGGACUGCAGCUCAGAGCCAAGAUGAGGGGAAGGACUACACUGAAACCACCACGCGGCUCCACUUUUUGAGCCCGGAGAGUGGUCACAUCAACCCGGCGGUGACAUUCGGGCUGUUCUUGGCGAGGAAACUGUCCUUGACAAGGGCAAUUUUCUACAUGGUGAUGCAGUGCUUGGGAGCCAUCUGCGGUGCUGGUGUGGUGAAGGGAUUCAUGGGAAAGCGAAGGUACGGUGCUUUGAAUGGUGGAGCCAACUUCGUCGCACAUGGCUACACCAAGGGAGAUGGCCUUGGUGCUGAGAUUGUCGGUACCUUUAUCCUUGUAUACACCGUCUUCUCAGCCACCGAUGCCAAGCGCAGUGCCAGAGACUCUCACGUCCCUAUCUUGGCACCCUUGCCAAUUGGGUUCGCAGUGUUCUUGGCAUUGGCCACCAUCCCAAUAACAGGAACUGGCAUCAACCCAGCUCGCAGUCUUGGUGCAGCCAUCAUUUUCAACAAGGAAAGGGGCUGGAAUGACCAUGUAAGCCUCUUAAGUUUCCUCACUUUCCACUAUUGUUUUCCCACCCUUGCUCACUAUGGUUUGAUGCUUAUCUACUUUUGCUUUGGUCUGUAUGCAGUGGUGGCGGCCAUUCAUUGGGGAACACUGGCAGCUCUCUACCACCAAGUUGUGAUCAGAGCCAUGCCUUUCAAAUCAAAGUGA